AUGGAUGGUGAUGGGGAUUGUACCGAUGAACAAAGUGUUGUUAAUGUGGUUCAAGGUGCUGCACUAUCCGUUCUUGUUAUAAUAAUUACAUUCAUAAGGAGAAUGCAAGCUAGACGUAAAUCUAUACGUCGUGGUCCAAGUGAGGAAAAAAAAAGACAAGAGAGGUCUAGAAUUGAACAUAUAGAGCGUAUUUAUAAUGGUUUUAGUGAUAGUUGUGUGAAUUAUAUUAGAAUGCGGAGUGGUGCUUUUGUUAAGCUAGUAAGUAUAAUGAGGAACAAUAGGCUUCUAAAAGACUCAAGGAAUAUAUCAGUGGAAGAACAACUUAUCAUGACACUAAAUAUUUUGGGUCAUAAAUCUAAAAAUCGCAUUGUGAGAUCUCAUUUCAUAAGAUCAGGGGAGACAGUCAGUAGAUAUUUCAACAAGGUUUUACAAGCAAUUAUCUGUUUGCGUGGACGCUACAUGAGACAAGCCAUCAAUGAUACUCCCCAAGAGAUCGUUAACAACCAGCUAUACUAUCCUUAUUUCAAGGAUUGCAUUGGUAUGAUAGAUGAGACUCAUGUUGAUGCAAUGCUUUCGAUUAAUCUUGUUGCAUAA